AUGUCAUCCAAAGUCUUAAUAUUGGGCGCCAAUGGUUAUAUUGGUCUCGGAGUUGCAAAAGCCUUCAGUAGAAACGGAUUCAAGGUGUACGGCUCUGUUCGUUCUGAUAAACAUGUCACAACUUUGCAACAGAAUGAAAUCAUCCCAAUUGUUGCUUCAACCUUUUCCGAUCUCGUUCAAAAUCAUCAGCAAUUACUUUUCGAUGUGAGCGUCUUGAUAGAUACGAUUGGUUUGACAGAACAAACGCAACAAAUUUACGAGCAAGUACUGGAGAUUGCCAAGGAAAGACACAUUAAACAUUAUCCAAAGUUAUUAUACAUUUUCACAUCAGGAAUCAUGACUUUUGGGAACGCAAGUCAAACAAGUGUUGAUGAAAACACUCGACCACAACCAACUCAUGAAUGGAUUGAAAAGAGAAGAUUGUUCGAAUGGAGACUUCUCAAUGAAGAGCAACAAUCUCUAGAUACAACUGUCAUUAGACCUGGAUUUGUGUAUGGAAAGAAUGGAGGUGCGAUUUUGAAAGAUUAUUUCACUUCACACAAUAAUCAAAAGGAUGGAAAGCUAGUGUUAAUUGGAAGCACAGAAAAGAGAUGGUCCUGGGUUCAUAUUGAUGAUUUAGGAGAGGGAUAUGAGGUUCGUGUGAAAAUGGCUAAAAUCGCAGGCUGGAAAGGAGAAGAUUCUGAUAUUGUCCUCGAGAAUGUUCCACAACAGGAUGCUGGUCUUGUAGUUUUUGAAAACACGGUCAUUAUUGAUCCAAGAAAAGCAGUGCAAGUAUUGGGGUGGAAGCCAAAGCACUUGAGUUUUUUGGACAACUUGGAAGUCUAUUAUCAUGCAUGGAAGGCCAUUCAAUAA